UUCAAGCGGAACACACGCUCGUCUCUCAAGUUCCGCCGAUCGCAUACGCACGAAUCGUACCGAACGCGUUGUGCCACAGAAUCCCGAAAGAACCCAUAAUUAUAAAGAAUCAAAGGGCAAGAGCCAUGCAGUUGCCGCUCUGCUUACUCGCCCUCUGCGCCGCUGUUGUGUGUGUGAGUGCCAAUCGCACGUUUGUUGUGGAUUACGAAAACGAUCGCUUUCUCAAGGAUGGCCAGCCUUUCCGCUUUAUUGCCGGCUCCUUUCACUAUUUUCGUGCUCAUCCGGACACUUGGCAAAAACAUUUGAGGACUAUGCGAGCAGCUGGCCUGAAUGCCGUGACCACUUACGUGGAGUGGUCGCUGCACAAUCCGCGAGAUGGGGCCUAUGUCUGGAGGGGCAUUGCCGAUCUGGAACGUUUUAUACGCCUAGCUGUGGCCGAGGACUUGCUGGUCAUAUUACGACCUGGACCGUACAUUUGUGCGGAGCGCGACAUGGGUGGCUUCCCCUACUGGCUACUCACCAAGUACCCCAACAUUCGCUUACGCACUGCGGACAUUGACUAUCUCAAUGAAGUGCGCAUUUGGUACAGCGUGCUCUUCGCCCACAUCUCCCAAUAUCUGUACGGCAAUGGCGGUCCGAUUAUAAUGGUACAGGUGGAGAACGAGUAUGGCUCGUAUUCUGCCUGCGAUGGCAAUUAUCGCACCUGGCUGCGUGACGAGACCCAAAGCCAUGUCAAAGACAAAGCCGUGCUCUUCACCAAUGAUGGGCCGAGUGUCUUACGUUGUGGCAAAAUUCCCGGCGUGCUCGCCACCUUAGACUUUGGAGCUACCAGAGACUUGAGCAAUACAUGGCAGCGUCUGCGCCGCUUCCAACCCAACGGACCUCUCGUGAAUGCGGAAUACUAUCCCGGCUGGUUGACACACUGGACAGAGCCCAUGGCCAAUGUGAGCACAAAUGGAAUUAUAGGAACAUUCAUCAAUAUGCUGGACAGUGGUGCUAGCGUCAAUCUUUAUAUGUUCUUUGGCGGCACAAAUUUUGGCUUCACUGCCGGCGCUAAUGAGAACGGGCCUGGCAAUUACUUGGCUGAUAUUACGUCGUACGACUACGAUGCACCCAUGACGGAGGCGGGCGAUGUUACGUCCAAAUAUCAAACGCUACGCAGCAUAAUCGGUCGCUAUAUUCCGCUGCCGGAUGUGCCAGUGCCCCAACCAUCGCCCAAGCGAGCCUACGGAAUCGUGCGCCUGACCAGCUGCUGCAGCCUGCUCUCCCCGGAGGGACGCCAGAUCCUUGCUACGGGUGUAGUGCGUGCAACCAGACCGAAGACCUUCGAGGCAUUAAACCAGUACUCGGGUCUGGUGCUCUACGAAACGUGGCUGCCACGUUUCAAGCGGGAUCCCAGCAUUCUGCAUGUGCCUGGUUUGGCGGAUAGGGCCUACGUCUAUGUCGACAAUGAAUUGGUGGGGAUUUUGGCGCGGGAAACGCCCAUCUUCGAUCUGCCAUUGAGUGCCAGUGCGGGUAGCUUGUUGCAGCUGCUGGUGGAGAAUCAGGGCAGAAUCAACUAUGGACAGCAGAUUAAUGACUUCAAGGGUCUGACGCAGGACGUGACGCUAGAUAAGAAGGUUCUGAAUAACUGGAACAUGACCAAAUACCCGCUGGAAAGUGUUGAGGAUCUGCUGCAGCUCGUAGCGCAGUCCAAUGCGCCGGAGGCAGAUGCAGCCCAGGAAGACAUUCAGAAUCUGAAACUGCCACGUAAGCUGUUGCGCUCUGGUCCCGCCAUCUACGCAUCCAUAUUGAGAAUCAACAGUGAGCAAGAGCUGGCAGACACCUAUCUGGACAUGUCGGGCUGGGGCAAGGGUGUGGUCUUCAUAAAUGGCGAGAAUCUGGGCCGCUAUUGGCCAUUGGUGGGUCCUCAAGUCACGCUCUUUGUGCCCGCCCCCGUACUUAAGGUUGGGAACAAUCGCCUGAUAGUUGUAGAGUAUCAACAGGCGCCCAUCACCCAGCAACUGGUGUUUCGGGAUAAGCCCAUUCUGAAUGCCAGAUCCUAAAGAAACUGCAGCAACCAGAACUAAUCCUAUCUAAUCUAAUCUGUAAUUUGUAAUGAAUGUUGUGCAAAAUCCGUGGCAGCUUAAGCUUUGGGUAGCAACAAUAAAUGAAGUUCAGCCUUUUUUAUUCAUAUGUA